AUGCAUAUGCCCACCUUCGGUCAGGUUGCCACCAUUGGCAUGGCUCUUUUCGCCGCUGCAGCUAUCGCUGCCCCUGUUGCUCAGCCGCUUGAGGCUGACGUUGUCGAGCGCUCUGCCGAGAUUGUCGCUCGCGGUGAUGGUAUCUCCGCCUUCGCUGGUGCUGAGCUCGCUGCCCGCGGCGACCUUGAGCAGCGCAACAAGAAGAAGUGCAAGCGUACCAACAACAAGGGAUACUGCACCGACUCCGACGACGAUAAGAAGGAUAAGAAGAAGCAGCAGUGCAAGCGCAACAAGAAGGGCGACUGCUCUGAUUCGGAGGACGAUAAGAAGGUCAAGAAGCAGAAGCAGUGUAAGCGUAACAAGAAGGGCGACUGCUAUGACUCCGACAAUGACAAGAAGGACGAUAAGAAGGGCAACCAGAAGGAUGACAAGAAGGAUUACAAGAAGGACGACAAGAAGGACGACAAGAAGGACGACAAGAAGGACGACAAGAAGGACGACAAGAAGGACGACAAGAAGGACGACAAGAAGGACGACAAGAAGGACGACAAGAAGGACGACAAGAAGGACGACAAGAAGGACGACAAGAAGGACGACAAGAAGGACGACAAGAAGGACGACAAGAAGGACGACAAGAAGGACGACAAGAAGGACGACAAGAAGGACGACAAGAAGGACGACAAGAAGGACGACAAGAAGGACGACAAGAAGGACGACAAGAAGGACGACAAGAAGGACGACAAGAAGGGCCACUACUAA